AGGCAUCAGGCGCUACUGAAAGUGCCAGCUCCAACUAGCCACCUCCAAACCCUGGUCUGAUACAUACAGCGCAUCUAGGAAUGCUUCCGCGCCGUGCCAUGCCAUCCAAGUGCGUCGAACGAGCAAGGCUCUUUCUAGUUUGCUUCUCGCCAGGAUUGCCUGUGCUGUCACACCACCAGCAGACACAGAAAAAGGUCUCAGGCUGUCACAAGCAUGAGUUGAUAGUAACAGCUGCAACGCAUGAGGAUGGGAGGGAGCAGCAGCAGCAACAGCAGCAGCAGGUCUCAAAAACUACCACUUCGCUCACAACGUGGUCCCUUAGAAAGGCCCCAGCUGCUGGGCAGUAGGAUACUGCCAGCGUUUGAGUAGGUACCUGCUGGAUGACCUUGGCAGAAGCGGCGCCACCAUUUACUCUUGGUUAAUUUGCAACGCUCUUCACAGGAAGUGGGCUAGAAGUCCAGCUGCAUCGCUAUAGGCCGCAUGCUAGUACUAGGUGGUACUAGUGAGAGAUUC